AUGGACACCAUUAAUCAAUUAUUGGGCCAUGUACAAAUGACUGGAUCCAAAAGCACGGGAGAUAUCAAAGGUAAGGCUUACGGUAAGACUGGUAGGAUCGAGGCCAAUAAUACAUGUGUGUUUAAAAAACAGAAGCUAUCACCAUCGACGCCUACAACAACACAUGUGAUGCAUCAUCACCAUUCCACAGUGGAAUGGUCGUUUCAUCCCACAGACACCAGCUCUUGUGGUAGUGCAGCAACAUCGCAAACCGCAGGCGAUUCACUCGUAGCAUCAAGUAUUGCAAAUGACGAUACGUCCAUUGCAUUCUUUGAUUACAAUUUUGUAUUCACCACCACGCCUGAACUAGAUGCCUAUCCAAUAGAGCAAGAGAGUGAGCACGGCAAUGUGCCACUACCAACUGGCUGGACGCUCGCUGGACGCAAAAGAUCCAUCUUUGAGCUCGACACCAACAUCCAUACGCUCAGUGAACUGUACUCCACCCUAGUGGACCUUCGAAACCAGCUCCCAGAUCCAGUAGCUGAUCAAGUAGAAUCGCUCUACAAGAAGAAGCCCAGCCUUCUCUCUACUCGCUCGUCUACCGACUAUUACAUGUCGUUGGUGUCGAGGUCGGGAUCGUCCAACUUAUCAUCGCCGCCUGGUACACUACUGCAUCAAACAUCUAGCAUGGAAACCACAGAUUGCGAGCAACAAGAGCAGCACACCAGCAACGACUAUGAUCGUCUCCAUUGGAUUUAUCCUGACUUUAUCUUUGAGUUGCUAGUGCAUGUUUAUUUAGACUGCAUUUGUUUCACUCGAGUGCAGCCCAACAAGCUGUUGAAACAGCACCGUCAAGGCGACAAACUUAACAGGGCUUAUGCCUGUGCCAUCUAUGCUUACGCUGCUUUGCACGCCUUGCUAUGUCAUCCCGAGAAAUUCGGUAUCUAUCCAUUCAUGCAUCAGCUGGCGGAAAACGCUUAUCAGAUUGCGUUUGAUUUAGUGGAAUUCGAUGCCAUGGACUCAGUAACAUGCGAAACACUGGUGAUCAUGUAUCAGUAUCUGCUGACCAUGGGACAAGAUGGAGAGGCACGCAACUUGUUUUGCCUGGCUCAGCGGCAAAUGGAGCUGCUGCUUACAGCACAGAAGCAGCACCAGCAAGAUGUAUAUCGAAUGUAUGCUUGGAUGGCAGAGUUGGAUUGGUCUUUUGCACUGGCCAAGUUCACAGCGCCCCUGAUAGAGUAUCGUCAGCUAAAGAUGUCUCUGGAUCAAAUCAAGCCUGUCAUGGCAAACUACACGGAUGAGCAGCUGUACAUCAAGGCAACCAAGUUCAGGAUCAGAGGGUUGCAUAUACUGUUGUCCAGUCAGCAUGAACAGCAGCCAUUCUCCUCAUCACCGCAUACCACGCCGCCUCACCGUCAAUUAAAUCAGUGGCGAACAAAGUAUUUGGAAACAUUCUUGUAUAAACGACAUGCGCAUGGCGAGGAAGAUGACCACCAAACCACAUUGUAUACACUGGAAGAUAAACUAGCAUUGAGACUGCAUGCAUUGUACUUUGCGGGCAUGUUGGAGCUUCAUCAGCAGCAUAUGCUCAAGGGGUUUGAAGCAGAUCACCGUUGGGAGCCGUCCAAAGAGCUGUGGCCUGACUACUUCUCAUCCUUUGGAUUGUCAUUCGAAAUCUCGACUGAGCAGAGGCAAGUAGAAAAGGGCUUGUAUAGAAGCAUGAACGCAGCCUACGGAUUUAUACAGGUGAUUCGAUUACUACUGGACGAAGGAGAUCGAUGCAUUUUGCCUCAGGUCAUUGACACACUGUCAGCCGCAUGCACUGUACUCUACUUUGGCAACAAGGUUGUCUUUUCCGAUAAAGAAAUGAUCCAAAAGUCCCAAGAAGCCCUUUCAUUUGUGGUGCAUGCAUUUCUGACAUCCACCACCUUUGCUAUGAUGGAAUGCCCGCGCAUUGACCAAUUUGUAAAGAAAUGGGGAGCUCUCAUUUCGUAA